AUGAAGACCACUGCUCUCUCUUUGGCUCUCCUGGCUGCCACCACCAUGGUGAGCGCCGAAGUCUCCGUUGGUGAAUGCGCUCAAAUGUGCAUCAGCAACAUGAACGACAAGGCUUCCGAGUUGGGUUGCACCAGCGGUGACCUGGCUUGCCUGUGCAAGAGCAACAACUACUCCUUUGGUGUGCGCGACUGCACUACCGAGGCUUGCCCUAACGAGGAUGCUUCUGCCGUCGUGGCUGCCGCUCUUGCUGCCUGCCCUAACGGCUCCGGCUCUUCUGCCUCUUCUGACAGCAGCGCUACCGGCACCAACGGUGGUGGUGCCUCCAAGACUGGUGACUCUGCCUCCGCCACCGGCACUGAUGCCUCUAAGACCGGCGACUCUUCUGCUACCACCACUGGCUCUGGCUCUGGCGCUUCCAAGACUGGUGACUCGACUGCCACUGGCACUGACGCCUCCAAGACCGGUGACUCCACCGCCACUGCUACUGGCACCGAUGCUUCCAAGACUGGCGACUCGACUGCCACCGGCACUGACGCUUCUAAGACUGGUGAUUCGACUGCCACCGGCACCGACG